AAUAAUAUCUGACAAGCACAUAAGACACGUUGACAGUACUCAGGUUUUUUUCAGAUAAAUAUCUCUUCUACAAAUAAUUCGAUUUAUGUGAUUUGCUCUAAACGUGUUACGUUACCAUAAGCCUAAAAAUGAGGAGACUACUUUUUACUAUAUUAGUAAUUCUUUCUGUUAUAAUUUACACGGACAGUCAAGCCAGAAAACCGUCGUCUUUAACAGAAAGGGUCCAACAGCUUACUGAUUUAGCCAGCAAAAAAUCUGUUUUAAGAUUCAACACUAAUAAGUUUAGAGAAUUUGUUAAAGCGAACCCCAGAAACUAUUCUGUCAUCGUUAUGUUUACCGCUUUGGCACCCCAAAGACAGUGUCAAAUUUGUCGGCAAGCCAGCGAUGAAUAUACAAUUGUGGCAAAUUCAUUCAGAUAUUCGCAAAGUUAUUCCAAUAAGCUUUUCUUUGGUAUGGUUGACUUUGAUGAAGGCUCUGAAGUAUACCAGAUGUUAAGACUGAAUACUGCUCCAGUAUUUAUCCAUUUUCCUCCUAAAGGCAAACCGAAAGCUGCCGAUACUAUGGACAUUCAAAGGAUUGGCUUUGCAGCUGAAGCUAUAGCGAGAUGGAUUAAUGACAGGACAGACAUUCCGAUUCGUGUAUUCCGUCCACCGAACUACUCAGGCACCCUCGCCAUAAUUAUAUUGUUCUCCUUUGUUGGCGGCUUUUUGUAUCUGCGAAGAAACAACCUGGAAUUCCUGUACAACAAAACGAUGUGGGGCGUGUGGGCUCUGUUCUUCUGUUUCGCCAUGACGUCGGGGCAGAUGUGGAAUCACAUCAGAGGACCGCCGUUCGUUCACAAGAAUCAACAGGGCCAGGUUGCCUACAUUCACGGAAGUUCGCAAGGGCAAUUUGUGUUCGAAACUUAUAUCAUCAUGGCAUUGAAUGGAGCUGUGGUGUUAGGUAUGAUCCUAAUGACUGAAGCUGCCAAGGGUAAAGGUGACCCCAGGAAACGCAAAUUCCUUGCUAUUCUAGGUCUAAUCUUGAUUUCAGUGUUUUUCUCACUGCUUUUAUCCAUUUUUAGGACAAAAACCCAAGGAUAUCCUUACAGUUUCUUAUUUAAAUAAGCAGCACUUACCACAGAAGAAAUAGGUUGAAGAUUAUUUAUUGUUUCGUUCAAGUCAUGUCACAGAAACAAUGAGUGUUAAUUUAAUAAAAUAUUUUUGUUUUAUAUUGUUUAAUAACAGAAAUUUUUAGGUUUA